AUGGGGCUGCGUCGGGCGCUGGGCCUCGGGGCGCGGCUGGGCCGGGUCUUCCUGCGGGGCUGGCUCGGGGGACCUCCCCGGCCCGCCGCGCCUGCCUCCCGCUUCUCCGCCGACCAGCCCGCGCGCCCCCCGGGGUUCCUCCUCCUGCGCCUGGCCGCGGCCCGGCUGGGCCUCCGCAGCGUCCCUCUGCGGCGCCUCCCGCCGGCCCCGCGGCGCCUGGGGCUGGCCCUGGGGCUGGGGCUGGCGCUGCUGGAGCCCCCGGCGGCGGAGGAGGAGAGGCGCGCGGCCGCGGCCUGCAGGGACAUCCAGACCAUAUUCCUCCCGAGGAACAAGCCUCAGAAGGACACCCUGGGAUUACUCGCCCGGCGAGGCUUCAGCCUGGAGGAGUAUUUCAUCGGCCAGUCGAUCGGCAAAGGCUGCAGCGGGGCUGUGUAUGAAGCGGCCCCUCCUGCCACCCCCACCAGAGAGGGAGAGCGGGUGCCCCAGCGGAGGCCUGGCGAUGGGGGCGCUUCGGACGUCCAGGGUGCAGCAGAGGCCGAGGGCUGGAAGGAAGGAUUUCCGCUGGCUAUCAAAAUGAUGUGGAAUAUUUCGGCUGGUUCUUCUAGCGAAGGCAUCCUGACCACCAUGUCUCAAGAACUUGUCCCAGCCAGCGGACGGGCCCUUUCUGGGGAAUUUGGAGCAGUUGCCAGGCCCAGGAAGCAUCUCUUUGGGAAGAAGUGGCUGAAACCUCACCCCAACAUCAUCCAGGUGAUUCGGGCUUUCACAUCUCAGGUCCCGCUGCUGCCGGGCGCCACGGUGGACUAUCCGGACGUCCUGCCUUCCACCUUGAACCCCUCCGGAAUUGGGCACAGCCGGACCCUCUUCCUGGUGAUGAAGAACUACCCGUGCACGUUGCGGCAGUACCUUUCCGAGGGGUGCCCGGACCCCCAUGUGGGAGCCGUGAUGAUCCUGCAGUUGCUGGAAGGGGUGGACCACCUGGUCCGGCAGGGAGUCGCUCACCGAGAUCUGAAGUCAGACAACAUCCUGGUGGAGUUUGACUCGGCAGGGUGUCCAGGGCUGGUCAUCACCGACUUCGGGUGCUGUUUGGCCGACGAAACGCUGGGCCUGAAGCUGCCCUUCCCCAGCUGGUAUGUGGACCGCGGGGGCAACACCUGCCUGAUGGCGCCCGAGGUGGCCACGGCCGUGCCAGGCCCAGGCGCGGUGAUCGAUUACAGCAAGGCGGACGUCUGGGCAGUGGGGGCCCUGGCCUACGAGAUCCUCGGGCCCGGAAACCCCUUCUACGGCCAGGGGGGCCCCGCCCUGGACAGCCGCAGCUACCGGGAGGAAGAGCUGCCCCCCUUGACCGCCCCGGCAGCCCCGGAAGUGAAGGAGCUGGUUGCGAGGCUCCUGAGGCGGGACCCGGCCAAGAGGCCCUCGGCCCGAGUGGCGGCCAACGUCCUCCAGCUGAGCCUUUGGGGCGAAGGGGCUCCCGGCCUCCCUCUCCGCCAGCUGCUGGCCUGGCUGCUUCGACAGUCGGCUGCCGCUUUGCUGACCGACCGGCUGGGCGGCGCCCGAGGGGUGGAGUCCUGCUUGAAGAGAGCCUUCCUGGCCAGCCUGGACUACGAGGACCUCUGUGAGGCGGCCGCCCUGCUCUGCUCCUGGAGGGGGGGGCGGCUUAGCCUGCCCCCUCAGUAA